AAUAUUCGAACACAGCCCUAAUCACGUGGUUUAUCGAUUGUCAUUUACAAUAAUGUGUUACUGCAACGACUGUUAAAUGUCUCUUGUUCGUGCUCGCGAGUGAUUAUUCAUGUCACGGGUUGAAUCGGAAGGAGCACUGCAACGUCUGAAUCGUUUUGGAAAGUGGGCAGUGUGGAUUAGCAAUAAUCGUCGUUGGAACUUUUCUAUGGAUCAAUUAUUCUUAGAUCUUAUACACGAAUGUAAAUAUGUGGCACCAGGAGCACAGUUGACCUAUGGCUUGAGAAAUCGUUUGGAGAAAUACAAAAGAGAAGUUCGAAAGGUAAUUGUGUCUCACAUGAAAGAUGGCUGUGCUCCGUUGUUUAUCGCCUGCAAGAGGGGACACGUGGACAUUGUCGAGUAUCUUAUAAAGAAAUGCGACGCAGACAUCGAACAAAGAGGAAGAUACGAAGUACCCGAUGAUAGAUCGGUUCACUGUGUCACACCAUUAUGGUGUGCCGCGGUAUCUGGAAAUUUGGAAGUUAUAAAAUGCCUUAUAUCCCAUGGAGCCGAUGUGAAUGCAGUCUCUGAUUCUGGAUCUACUCCUGUUAGAUCUGCGUGCUUCAUGACACAUAUGGACAUUGUUUCGUAUUUAGUGGAGAAUGGUGCCGAUAUACUAAAAGCAAACUACAACGGUGGAACAUGCUUGAUAAAUUCCAUACAAAGUGUGGAGUUGUGCACUUUUCUUUUGGAACACGGCGCAGAUGUGAAUGCCACGGAUAUUCAGAAUAAGACUGCCUUGCAUUACGCCAUUCAGGAGCAUAGAUUUUUAACCACCAAACUUUUCUUAGAACAUAACGCGGACCCUCAUCUCAGGUCUCGAUAUAACGAUGAUGCUCUUCAGACUGCCUGCCUUAAAGGGGCCAUUCAGAUAUUCGAAUAUUUGGUGGAGAACGUAUCAUAUUCCGCGGAAAGAUUGGCAGAUGCAAACGAGCUGAUGGGAUCCACAUUCUUUGACGAUCACAGCGAUACACAUACGGCGUUACAAUAUUGGAGGGCAGCGAUGGCUCUCAGAAUAGUCAACUCUAAGGACGGAGUGCCUUUGCCAAAAAGACCCGUGUUACUAAAACGCGAGAUUUACAAAAACGCCGUGGAAUUUUCAACCAUGGAAGAGUUAAAUGCCAUUUCGCUCGACUUAGACGCAAUAAGAAUACAGAGUUUACUGAUCUGCGAAAGAAUAUUAGGCCCGCAUCACAAGGAUACUCUCUUUCGGCUGAUGUUUAGAGGUGCAUCGUAUGCAGAUUCUUUUAGAUAUCAACAGUGCAUAGAUUUGUGGCAUCGAGUGUUAGAAAUUAGAAUCGAAAAGGAUUCGAUUUUGUAUGCAGAUACAUGCUUUACUGCACAAGCUCUUGUAAGGCUUAUGGUGGAUUUAAAUGAAAAAACAUUGGAAGUGGUACAUCGUAAUCGACAAAAACAUGAACCGAGAUUUUGCGAUGUAGUAGCGAUAUUUAAAUUACUUUCUAGCCAGCUAACAGAAGCUAAAGAAUUAUUGGAGAAACGUCCCGUGCAUAAAAGACAGAGAGACAGUUAUGAACGUAUUCUAAAAUGCGUGACGCAUCUUAUUUAUCUCUUAGUAGAAACAGCGAAUUCUGACGAGGAGAAAGCUUUAAUGCACCAGCUAGUCCAUGGUUUAGUAAAACAAAAUCCAAGAUCUGUUUAUACAGAGGAUACAUUGCUUCAUCUUUGUGUCUCUAGUUUAAAUACAAUCAACUCUAGUUACUUUACUUCUGCUGAUGAUGUACAUACCAUAUUUCCUCGUUUGGAUGUUGUUAAAUUGCUCCUGGAUUGUGGAGCAUAUAUUGAUGCUAGGAAUACAUUACGGUCGACGCCUUUACACAUAGCGAGUAACGCAUACAAUUUUCACAAUCCUCUGAUAAAAUUGCUGUUGGAUUAUGGCGCGCACUUAGAUACGCCAAAUAGGGCGGGAGAUACACCAGUACGAUUAAUAUCCUCUAAUCCGCUAAAUAACGUGAAUCUUCUUAAUUAUACUAGUCUUCAGUGUCAGGCCGCGCAGGCUGUUUGUAAAUACGGAAUCUGUAGUGCAGAAUUGCCUAUUACAUUACGUCAUUUUCUGGAACUUCAUAGAGAAUGAUACCGAGAAUAAUUUUAGUAACAAUAAUUCUCAAAUUAUAUUGUAGAUGCUUUUAUUGAGAGAAUAAUUUUCCAACAUAUUUUGUCAUAAUUCCAAAAUGUAUGACAAUAUUAAAGAAUUCAUGUGCAAUGAUGAACAAUUAUAUAUAUAUAUAAAUUUAUAAUUAAUAUUCAUAUUCUUAUUAUAUGAGCAAAUUAGAUGAGGCAUUUAAAUAUAACACAGUAUAAAAUAACGAAAUAUAUAUACACUAAUAUAUCGAAACUUUAAUUAUAAAGAAAGUACUAUUUUUAAAGUGCUAACUAUACUGUUAACAUCUUGCUAUUAAGAAAUUUAUUAGUCAAUAUUGGUCACGCAAGAUGUUAAUUAUGAUAUAAAAUGUAAACGCAACGGAAUGCAGUUUUUAAGGCAUCAAAAGACUGAAUGAGAAGAGAUUGCUUCUAUAAAAACUAAUUCUCUCAAUUAGAUACUUUGCAAUAUAUAAAACAUUGUUUUUUUAAUGCUUCUGUAUAGCGACUCGUAUAAUUUAAUUAAUUAAUUAUAAGUAUUGAAAGUUCUUGCUACACAACUUUUUGAACUAUUACAAAUGAAAGAAAUCUAUAUUAUUGCACACACUGUGCUGCUUAUAAAGUAAAAGAGAUGGCACCAAUAUGAUAUUUUGUUACAAGAGUAUUGGGGGUCUUUUUAGUUUUUCUCAAAUUCUUUAACUUUUUUCUGAAAAGAUAUUACAAACAAUAAGUUUGCUGGAAAAAAGAAUAUUAAUUAUGGAAGAAAUUUUUAUCAAUUGUCAGUUGUCACCGUGAAUUCGAUGUGGUACAAGUAAUUCAGUCGGAGCUGUUGGAUUAUAAAUACGCAAAAUCAAAAAUAAUGUUAAUUCUUUCUUCAAUAUUUCAGAUAGGUAUUUCGAAGAUACUUUAAAUCGAAUUUGAAUUUAAUUGUUUUUUUAAGUUAUAUAAUGAUUUAGAUUUAUUUUUCUUGUCUACAUUACUCCGAGAGGUAAAGGAAACUGAGGAAUU